ACAACUCCCCACCAUUAGCCUCUUCUAUCCAAUAACCAACUCCCUUUCUCAUCUAUCUUAUUUAAUUCUUACAAUCUCAUCAAGUUUUGCUUCAACCCCUUACAUUUGGUUAGGUUUUUCAUAUAUAUAAGGUGGUCGGAGGAAUGAACAGGCCGGGGGAUUGGAACUGCAGAUCAUGCCAGCACCUGAACUUCCAACGGCGGGACUGCUGUCAACGGUGUGGGGAAUUCAAAUUAGGAGGGGGACCUGAAUUAGGGGUGUUUUCCAGCAGAUCGGGAAGGUCGUCCUACGGCGGAGGAGUUUCUUAUUCGCCGGGAUCUGACGUCCGCCCCGGUGACUGGUACUGCGGAGUGGGCAACUGUGGGACACAUAACUUUGCCAACCGGUCCACCUGUUUCAAAUGCGGUGCGUUUAAGGACGAGUCAGCUGCAUCCGCGACUGCGGCGGGAGGAGGUGGGUUUGAUUUUGAUGCGACGUGUCGCGCAUUCAGAAGCUUUGGAUUUGGAAGUAGUAAUGCCACGUCACGUGGUGCCUCCUCUCCUUGGUUGUCUGGUGAUUGGAUUUGUUCCAGGUCUGGAUGCAACGUACAUAACUUUGCAAGUAGAAUGGAAUGUUUUAGAUGCAACGCUCCAAGAGAUUCAUUUUAAAGAUUUCAAUUUCUAGUAUUUCAUCCAAAUUGUGGCUGUGGCACUCUUUUCUAAUAUUACAUACUUUAUUUCCUUUCAUUUUUCAUUUCAUUUUGGUUGUAUGCUUCAAAUUUAUAGUUAUGUUGAGUCUGUUUUGUUUUAGGGCUUCUUGUUUUUGUUUUUCUUCUUCAAUUUUGAUGUGAUUUUCAUUUUUCCUUUUCA